AUGGUAGCAGUCAUUACUAAGCAAUUUGUAAAUAUUGCAAUUAAAGUAAAUAAAGAUGUAAAACGAUUAGUUAAUCAGGAAAUUUUAGAUAAUGAAAGUUUACAACAAUCAGUUAAAAAAGUAAAAACUAUUCAAGGUCAAAAACGGAUUAAUAACUAUUAUAGUUUAGCAGAUAUUGAACCUUCUCAUCAAAAAGAAAUUGAGUAA